GCAAGUUCUACAUCUUUCAUUUAUAACCCCUAAAAAUCUCUGUCCUUCCAUCAUCUUCUUCUUCGCCAUUCAUCAUUCUUCUGCCCUUCUGAAACUCUUCUGAUCUGGGACUUCAACAAUAAUCCGGAGUACCAUAUAUAUCUUCAUACAUAAACUUUGUACAUUCAUAUGGGCAUUCUAACGUACUGUCAGUAUUGCAUAAUUUGUGUUUUAGGAUAAUGUUCAUGAAGCCUCCUUGGAUUUUGUUCUUCUGUUUUUCAUUGUGAUUCGGAAUUGGGCUGUUCUUUCGUUCUUUAGAUGUAAAUAAAAAAAAUGGAAAGUUCAGAGAUAGAAGAGGUUUUAUCCUCAAUUGGCGAGCCAAAGUUACAUGGAGGAAUGUGCAAGAGUCUAUAUGUGGUUUAUGCAAAAGUAUUGGGUAUUUUUCCAGAACUCGAAGCAGCGCGGCCUAGAAGCACUACAGGUAUUCAGGCAUUAUGUGCUUUGCACAUAGCCCUUGAGAAGAUAAAGAAUAUCCUUCAACAUUGUGCUGAAUGCAGUAAACUUUAUCUGGCGAUAACUGGAGACUCUGUUGUACUUAAAUUUGAGAGAGCAAGGUGUGGACUUGAAGACAGUCUAAACCGAGUUGAAGAUAUAGUUCCACAGGCCAUUGGUUGCCAGAUAUCAGAUAUUUUGAAUGAACUUCAUGAGAUUGUCUUCACACUUGAUCCGAAUGAAAAACAAGUGGGCGAUGAGAUAAUUGCGCUACUUCAGCAAAGUAGAAAGUUUGAUAGCAGCGGGAAUGACAACAGUGAACUUGAAUCUUUUCAUCAGGCUGCUUCUAGACUUGGUAUCACCUCCUCAAGGGCAGCCCUCAGAGAACGAAGAGCUCUGAAAAAGCUCAUAGAAAGAGCACGGGUUGAAGAAGAUAAGAGGAAGGAGUCCAUUGUUGCUUACCUUAUGCAUCUAACGAAAAAGUACUCAAAGUUGUUUAGAAGUGAACUCUCUGAUGACAAUGAUUCACAAGGGUCAUCACCGUGCUCUCCAACUGUCCAGGGAUCUCUUGGGGAUGGUAUUGGCCAUGUACAUGCCUUCGACCGGAAAUUUUCAAAGCUCAAUUCUUUCAAUUUUAAACCUAACCCUAGGAAAUUAGACCAGAUAAUUGUGGUUCCUCCUGAAGAGCUAAAGUGCCCAAUCUCGUUACAACUCAUGUAUGACCCGGUGAUUAUUGCAUCCGGCCAAACAUAUGAAAGGAUUUGCAUUGAUAAGUGGUUUAGUGAUGGGCACAAUACAUGCCCAAAAACUCAGCAGGAGCUUCCUCAUUUCGGUUUGACUCCUAAUUACUGUGUGAAAGGCCUGGUUGCGAGUUGGUGCGAACAGAAUGGUUUUCAUGCUCCUGACGGCCCACCAGAGUCUCUUGAUCUUAACUACUGGAGGCUGUCGUUGUCUGAAAGUGAAUCUGAAAACUCCAAAUCAAUUGAAAGUACUGGGCAUUGCAAGUUGAAGAGUGUUAAGGUGGUGCCCUUGGAGGAUAGUGGGAUUAUUGAGGAAGCUGAAGUUGAUGAAUCUGAGCAGGAUACUGAAUUUUUUCUUUCUAACUCCACAGAAAUCAGAUAUGAGGAUUAUUUGACUGUUCUAAACUGUGACGAUGAUCUCACAAAAAAAUGCGAAGUAGUAGAACAGAUGCGACACUUGCUAAAGGAUGAUGCAGAAAUCAGAAUUUUUAUGGGGGCAAAUGGCUUUAUUGAAGCUUUGCUGCAGUUCUUGGAGUCCGCUGUCGAAGCUAGGAAUGAGAUGGCUCAGGAAAUUGGUGCUAUGGCUCUCUUCAACCUUGGUGUAAAUAACAACAGAAACAAAGAAAUGAUGUUGGCUGCAAGAGUACUUCCGUUACUCAAGAAAAUGAUCACAAAUUCUAGCUGCCUUGGAGCCAUAACCGCACUUUACUUGAACCUUUCUUGCCUUGAAGAAGCCAAGGCUGUGAUAGGAGCCAGCGAAGCGGUGCCCUUCUUGCUGCGAGUCCUUCAACACGAGUCUGGUCUUCAGUGCAAAUUGGAUGCUCUCCAUGCCAUCUUUAACCUCUCCAACCAGCCAAGCAACACACCACAUCUCAUGUCAGCUGGGAUUCUUGAUGCUCUUCUAGCCCUGAUGACAUUCUCAGAUGAUCAUACAUGGACAGAAAAGUGCAUAGCCAUUCUCAUAAACUUGACAUCUAGCAGUCAAUCCGCGAAAGAACAAAUGAUAUCAUCUCCCGGGCUUAUUAGUAGCCUCGGGUCUGUUCUGGACAUCGGCAAGCCAGUGGAACAGGAGCAAGCUGCAGCUUGCCUUUUGAUACUUUGCAGUGGAAGUGAGAAAUGCAGUGAGAUGGUGCUUCAAGAAGGAGUGAUACCUUCUUUGGUGUCAAUGUCAGUUAAUGGAACCGUGAGAGGGAAACAAAAAGCUCAGAAGCUAUUGAUGCUUUUCAGGGAGCAGCGACAGAAGGAGCAGCAGCAGCCCUCAACAGCUGUAGUUAUUAAAGGUACUACUAGGCAACAACCACCUGAACAUAGUGGUGACUCGGCAACAAUCUCCUCCGAAGAUCUGAAGNCUUUUGAUACUUUGCAGUGGAAGUGAGAAAUGCAGUGAGAUGGUGCUUCAAGAAGGAGUGAUACCUUCUUUGGUGUCAAUGUCAGUUAAUGGAACCGUGAGAGGGAAACAAAAAGCUCAGAAGCUAUUGAUGCUUUUCAGGGAGCAGCGACAGAAGGAGCAGCAGCAGCCCUCAACAGCUGUAGUUAUUAAAGGUACUACUAGGCAACAACCACCUGAACAUAGUGGUGACUCGGCAACAAUCUCCUCCGAAGAUCUGAAGCCAUUGUCCAAGUCAGCUUCAAGAAGAAAGUUGGAGAAGGCGUUGACUUUCUUUUGGAAGAACAAGAGCUUUUCUUCAUCGUACACAUCCUCCUCUCACUAAUUUGUAAAUCUGUCUUCUUCUCCUUCCUCAUAUACAUCCCCCCUGUCCUAAAGGGCAUUGGGUUGUCUGCAUUAGAAAUUCUCUCUUCCCUUCACAAAAUGAGAGAGGGCAUAUCAAGGAUAAGCUUGAAGUUAUCUUUAUAGCCAUGGCAGUUCGAUGCAAGAGCCCGAAAUCCACCCCAAUAUGGUGGGCCCAAAAUGAGAGUUGGCAAGAGGAUGCACUGUAUGAGCAACUAGGUCUAUAUGAACCCAAAAGCUUAAGGGAGAGUCGGUGAAGGUUGUUAUUGCAAGAGAAAGAGUAUGGAGAUUAUGAUCAGGAGGAUAAUUCAUUGCUUUUGGGAGGAAAGAGAGGGUUGUACCAUAUCUGUUGCAGGAGGAUAAUUCAUUGCUUUUAUACGUAUUCCCUCCUCCGUUCUGCUACGAUUAAAGUCCUAGUUUUCAUUUCUGGUUGUCCCACGGUUAAAGUCACACUCCUCUUCCUUCUUAAAGAAGAAAAUGUGACAUUUUUCUCUCGCAUUCUAAAUAAAUUUCAACCGCGCGUGUUUCAUUUUUCAAUACUUGUUAUAAACUUUGGGAAGUCAA